UCAUCUUUUGUUUUCUUCCUAAGCUGGACUAAAAUGAAAUUAUUCAUUUUAUUCACAGUGAUAGCACUUGGUCUCGCAUCAAAGGAUGAAACAUCAUCUACUGCUGACUCAAAGGGCAACGAUAAGGUUGAUUCACAAGAUGAAAAAAAUCAGAAGAAGAGAGGGUUAGACCUAGGGUCCUAUCAUGAUUUUGGAGGAGACUCGGGAGGUCAUGGUUAUGACAUCGGUGGUCAGUAUGAAAUCAAAACCGUCACCAUUGAAAAAAAGGUACCAUAUCCGGUACCUCAUCCAGUUCCGUAUCCAGUGAUCAAGAAGGUUCCAGUACCCUACAAGGUGAUAGAGAAAGUACCAGUUGACAGACCUUAUCCAGUUCCAGUUCCAAAACCUUAUCCAGUAACAGUUCAUAAGCCUGUUCCAUAUACAGUUUAUAAGGCAGUUCCAUACCCAGUUAAGGUGCCAGUUAAGGUUCCAGUUAAAGUACCGUAUCCAGUACUGGUUCCAAAACCAUACCCAGUCACUGUGCACAAACCGUAUCCUGUCAAAGUCAAAGUACCCGUUUACAUAGAGAAAAAGGUGCCCAUUUUUAUAAAAGAACACCAUAGCUAUGGUGGGCAUAGCUACGGUCAUGGAUAUUAUGUCAAGGUGCCCCCUAAAAGAAUAUCCAUAGAAGUAAUGAAAUUGACUAAAUUACCCGCCUUCUACAAAAUGGCUUUGAAAGAGGGGGUUCUUAGAAAGCAAACGCAAUAUAACCUUACUCUUCUACUUGAUAUAAAAGCCAGACGAUGGUGGAGUACCAUCAACAGUUGUUCCUUCACGUUCUUAGAUAUGAAGCUACAAGGUCUAUGUGUACUGCUCCUGGCAGGUUUGGUUUUGGCAGAGAAGAAAGAAGAUGCUAAAUCCGUAGAAGCUUCUGACAAAAAGCAGACCAAGAGAGGUCUUUUCGAUUUAGGUUAUGGUGACAGCUAUGGUUUAGGAGGAAGUCAUGGAAUCGAAUUGGGUGGUCAUGGUUUGGAUUUUGGUAGCAGUUAUGGAGGUGGUUAUGGAGGUUAUGAAUCACAUGGAGAAGUCAAACAUGUUACCAUCACUAAGGAAAUACCAUACCCUGUUCCUCAUCCAGUUCCUUAUCCAGUAGAGAAGAAAGUACAUGUACCAUACCCUGUUAAAGUACAUGUCCCAGUAGAUCGUCCAUACCCAGUUCAUGUACCCAAACCAUACCCAGUCCCAGUUGUGAAACAUGUACCAUACCCAGUGGAAAAACCAGUACCAUACCCAGUCAAAGUACCAGUUAAGAUUCCAGUGAAAGUACCAUAUCCAGUAGCUGUGCCAAAGCCUUACCCAGUACCAGUACACAAACCUUAUCCAGUGCCCGUUAAAGUUCCUUAUGUUGUUGAGAAGAAAGUACCAGUCCUGAUCCAUGGUCAUGGAGGGUACGAUAGUAUCGACUCAGGAAGUUACGGGCAUGGUGGUUUCGACUUUGGAAGUUAUCAUCACUAAAUGAAGUAAAGUCCGAAGUACCUCUGUAAAUUAUCUCAUCCUAUUUGUUAUGUUGUUUUCUUCAUCUCAUCUUCUUUUAUUUAUAUUUCCGAGAAAUAAAUUUAUAUAUUUUUAAA